UUAAUCGAUUCUCGGUCCUCGGCCCAUCUUUGUAAACAUCAUUGCUGGGAACGGACCUCAACAGCUGGCUUUUCCAUCAACAAAUUGUCGCGCAACCUUCAGCUCUUCCUUUUCCGACUUCAACAGCGUUCGAUCAGAUACCCUGAGUAACGGUUGAAUCCGACCCUUGCGUGUCUUCAUCAUGGUGAACGUGGCUGCUAAGAAGAGUGCGGGCGGCAAAGGGGCCAAGCGUCCCGGCAAACAAGUCCUUAAGGGCAAGGGCGGCAAGGUUAUUAAGGUGUCCAAGAAGUCGCAACUCAAGUUCAACAUCGACUGCUCGCACCCUGUGGAGGAUGGCAUCAUGAACUGCGACGACUUCAAGACCUACCUGCAAACCCGCAUCAAGGUGGCUGGCAAGACCGGCAAUAUGGGCAAGGAUGUGAGCCUGGGCCGGGAGAAGCAUCGCAUUACCUUGAGCUCGUCGGUGCCGUUCUCCAAGCGUUACCUGAAGUACUUGACCAAGAAGUACUUGAAGAAGAACAACUUGCGGGAUUGGCUUCGCGUGGUGGCCGCCUCCAAGGACUCGUAUGAGUUGCGAUACUUCCAGAUCAACAACGACGAGGAAGAGGAGGAAGACGACAACGAAUAGAUGGAGAUACCUUUUCAUGUCUGCUUGUCUAGCUGCCCCCUUUGAAAUGAUCCAAUAAAAUCCUGGUCCAGGAAUGAUCCGAUAAUCUUGUCGUUCGAGUCAUUUUUGAAACACGUGUUGAUUUUGUUGCAGA